UCCGUUUGGUUCUCUUUGGGCUUAACCACUGGGAGAUCAGAGAUCGUCCGAUGUCUAGCGCAAGCAAAUGAGGAGGAUGAAGCACUUCCUUCUGCUCUGCUCUUCUGGGAUAAGCUUGCUAGUAUGCUCCCGGCCCGGUGGUGUGCUAGCGACCGUCAGGCCAAGGCCCAGCUGCCCGCGGGGCAGGCUAUGCAUUUAGGUGCUACGGAGACAUUGAAAAAGCUCUGCAGCGAGGUUCUUUUCGUCGCAGAUGGGCUGCGGACUGAGCUUGAGUGUCUGGAGCAGGCUCGGGUUGAGGCUCUCUGGCGCUUGAGGAAGGAAGGCUUUCCUAGGGGUGUCGCCUCUUGUGCCUCAAGCUUUCCCGAUACCAUUGCGCAAGUAGAGCGCCUCGUAAUGUCUCGUUUCCUUGCUGAGCUCCGUGCGCUUCACAAACUUGACAGUGUUGUUUGGUUGCAUGACCACCUUUGGGUUUGCCCGUGUCCUGGCCGGGAACUCAUUGUUGCCGCCCUCUCUCAAGUGCUAGGACAGCUCGGCCUACCCGCGGACGCGGCCAAUCAUGCUUGUGUCACAUGCUCCCUUUUUGAUGAGGAAGUCGCUGUGUGAAUGGUUGAAGAUUACAACCUUGAUCUCUCCGGUAUAGUCGGGGUCAAUAACGCCGGCACCGAUGUCAAUCAUGUGCUUGGCCGCAAGGCCAGAGCGGGGGCCUGUCAGGAGCGCGCUCCCGUGCCAUCGCUGAAAUAGGAAAAGGGCCUCCUGUUGUGUUGCAACCACGGCCGGGCUCUAAAGUUAGUCCACCGCCCAAAAUCAUGCUCUCUCGAAGGAGAUCGGUUGCCAUUUCUUCCCAAACUUUGCACACCUUCUUCCGACGCACGACGAGAGGGUGACUUGCUGGCCGCAUCACUGGCAGGCAACGGUGUGGGGCAAAGCUGGCUUCACACCCCGGGGUUGCUCAGCGCUUUCCGUGCGCCGUUAAUCAACGCGGUACUAAGGCGUCGGCAAAAACAUAUGUAAACAUGUUUAAAGGACCUGUUACCGGCAACAUUCCAAGGUUCUAAACCCGCAGAAGGACGAGUGCUAUGGCGCGCUUGGGAAGAGCCUUCUUAUGUGAAGGUAGUAGGCCUUCUCCAUUAUAGCUUGGAGAGUUGCAGCGUGCGGGCGCCAACUUAGGUGGGCACGCUUGCGCAGGCCUUGCUGCGGUCUCCACAAAGGUCAGAAACCCCUCCAAGUCGUUGAUCUAAAGCUUAAAGUUUGUCACGGAGCUUUUGCCCACGGCCCGCUAAAACUUGGCCGGGUCCACGUAGGCGUUUGUGUUUCUGAACUUGUUGGGGUUCAUGCAGCAGCGGUCAAAGAUGGCGUUCUGGGUAAGCUUCACCACCUUCUUGGCAACCACGCUUUCCGCCGUCUUAAGCUGCCUACCAUGCUUACCUUGCUAAUUAAGAUUGAUGAAAAAGUCAGCCUGGUAAUGCUUCUGGCACCUGCUCCACUCCUCCAGCUAAAUGCAAGCGAAAAUUCAUUUUUAAUAAUAAGCUGGACUAAGUGCCUCUGCAACCCGAAGAAACCGCCAUUUUGCUUUAUGUACAGGAACGAUGGAGAACGUUGGCCUGUGCUGUGUAUGGUCCAAGCACGGUUCUGCCAGCUUUUAAAUUUGUGGCUAUGGAGUCUCUUGGCUUGAGUGACUUGGCGGAGCGCAACAAUGCACUAGUCGAAAUGCAUGUGCUUUUCAGAUGGUGUUAAACUCAUUGCCUUUGAUGCUCCCGCCUCUUUACGCAGGCUUUCGGGCGCGGUUGCUUUUUAUGGUUUGCCCGACGGGGCCUUAAUUGUUACACUGAUUGUCCGCUCAAUACCAAGACAUAAUUCACCCUUUGGCAUUGGGACCCACGGCGGCCGCCUUG